AUGGAUCGCCCAAAUAGAAGACAACAAUUAAAUAAAUUAAGACAAAAAGAAAUUUUGGAUGAGCUUCGGCAAAAGCGGAAUAAAUUGAAUGAAAAACGACAUAUAGAACCAGAAGAAGGUGAGGAAGACAUCGUUAAAUCAAACACUUUAAUAAAAAGAGCUUCAGGAAAGCGUCGCAAAGGUGAACCGGAAUCUUCGAGUGACAAAGCUUGUAAUGGACUUCCAGUCAAAGUAGAAGGAAAAAAGUUAUUUAACCUCAUUCGGCAUUCACGGGAAAUUGUAGAUUCUAUGAAUUGCCGAGAAGCAAGAUUUUAUAUAAAAUAUUUCGCUGAGGAUGACGAUGAAAUUAGUGAAAUAAGUUUAAUGUAUCCAGGAUGGGAAGGACUUGAAUCAUUUGCACUUGCUACACUUUCCAGAAACAAAGACAAAGACAAUGAAUACCUUCCGAUGAAAGACUUGAAAUCUACAGUCAACCUAAUAAUUGAUCACGUAUUAGCGGAUGAUAUUUCUGAAAUGUUUAAGACUUCUCUAAAAAACCAAUCAGUACAACUUACCAUAAACAAUUCGAUUAAAAACCGCCUGCUCGACGAGUUACAUGAUGGCAUACAAAGAUACAACAAAAUCAUAAUGGACAUUCGCAAAAAUUCGAGAAAGUUAUGGUCGAAAUAUAUUAUUGAGAGAAACACAGCCGAGCCUCAAUACAUUCAAAUAGUAAAUCACGUGAUAGGACAAACUUAUGACCGAAUUAUCGGUCCUCGCGUGGAGCGACUAACAAAUAUUACUUCUAAUCUUGACUUAAAUUAUGGGGAACUUAAUGCAGACUUUAUACAUGACAUUAUCGUCAAGACAAAAAUUAAAAAUAGUACCAUUUUUGUUGAUUUGGGUAGUGGCAUAGGAAACACGAUUUUGUAUGCAAGCAUUGCCACUGGAUGCACUGGAUAUGGGUAUGAGUUGCAGCAAAAGCUUGUUGAUCUUGCCAACGAGCAAUUUAAGGAGAUUAUGACCCGAGGAAAAUUAUAUGGAUUAGAAAUAGGUCGAGUUGAAUUUUUAUCGGGUGACUUUAAAGAUAUUUAUAUCAACCAUCCAGGUUUUAUUAAUAUUUUAUACUCUGCGGAUGUUAUUUUGGCUAAUAACCGGACCUUUUCACCGGAGACAAACCAAUUUUUGUAUAAUCUUUUUCUCGGCCUAAAAAAAGGUGCUAAAGUCGUAUCCUUAGAGUCUUUCGAGGGGUUUGAGCCUCGUGGAAAACAAAGUGAACGCGUAUUCUCUAAUAUUAAGUCAUUUAGAUAUAAAGAGAAUUGGGUUUCGUGGACUCAUAGUGACGGAAAAUUUUACAUUGCUACACAUGUUUAA